UUCGAUCUGUAAUGAUCAUAAUGUACAGAUGGAAAAAGUUGUUUAAGCACAUGUUACUGUGUUCUGUUUUUCUGAAAGAUUCUGUUUUUAUUUUAUUUUCUUUGUUUGCUGAUCAAGUAUACUUAUUAUUUGGAUUCUGUGAUAGAUUUUAUGAUCUGGGUAUGUUGAAAGAUGGACUUUUUUAUUUUUGGUUUAAUAUAUCUAUAAGCAAAGAUUGUUAAUGAUUGUGACCCCUGUUCUGGGUUUUGAAGUAUGGAUGAUAAAUUUGCGUGCUUGGUUAAUAUUGAUCGGGUUAAUCUGACUUUUAGAUGAGAGCUUACGUGAAUAGGAGUUUCUCUUUUCAUGUCAAAAUUCUUUUCUUUUGGGGUUUCUGUUGGGUGUGGGAUUGGAAUAUCCUUUUCCAUGGAGUAUUGGUAUUCUUCUCUUCCAAGUUUUCUUCUUUUUGGUGUGUUUAUAAAUGUCUUGUUUUGACUCUUGGAAUUGAUAAUAUUUGGAUGCUCUGAGUUUGGCUGAUUUUGCUUGGCUUGAGCAUAAAUUCGAUGAUCGGUUAACAAAUUCGCCUGGUUUGAGACUUGAAGUUUGCUGAUCAAUAUAUAUUAUAAGCAAAUUAGAUCUAUUCAUCAGCCUAAUUUGGGCACUGCAAACUGUGGCAGUGCCCAUGGAUGCAACAACGAGUGGAACCCCAACUAUUCAAUACCAUAACAUUACUGACCAGCCAGUUACUACUAUUGUUGCCACACCUGUACCGGCAUUUCAAAGACAGCAACGCCAUUGCUUCGGGGAUUCCAUCCCCGGAGAAUUCCCCUUGUCUGCCAAUCCUUCCAUUGUCCUUCAUGUCCUUACGGCGUGUAAUUUGGAUCCUCAGGAUCUUGCAAAACUAGAGGCAACAUGCUCCUUCUUUAGGCAGCAAGCAAACUUUGCCCCUGACUUCGAGUUAUCCUUAUCGGAGCUUGCUGCCCUUGAUAUGUGCCAAAAGAGGGCCAUAUUUAGGCAAAUGGCAACAGAAGAGCGCCUAGAUUUUAAGCAAAGAUGUGGGGGCUCGUGGAAGCUGGUCCUGAGGUUCUUGCUUGCUGGAGAAGCAUGUUGCAGGAGGGAGAAAUCGCAGGCAAUAGCAGGACCAGGUCACAGCAUUGCUGUGACAUCUAAGGGAAGUGUUUACACAUUUGGCUCCAACAGCUCAGGACAGCUUGGACAUGGCACCACUGAAGAGGAGUGGCGACCUCGGCCUAUCAGAUCUUUGCAAGGCAUUCGAAUCAUCCAAGCAGCUGCUGGGGCUGGCAGGACAAUGCUGAUCAGUGAUGCCGGCCUGGUUUAUGCCUUUGGAAAAGAAUCAUUUGGCGAAGCCGAGUAUGGAGUUCAAGGUGGUAAAUUGGUUACAACUCCACUGCUAGUAGAGUCCUUGAAAAACAUAUUUGUUGUGCAAGCUGCAAUUGGAAAUUUCUUCACGGCUGUCCUGUCAAGGGAAGGCAGAGUUUAUACAUUUUCUUGGGGUGAUGAUUUCAAGCUUGGUCACCAGACUGAUCCAAAUGAUUUGGAGCCCCAUCCCUUGUUGGGGGCACUCGAAAACAUACCAGUGGUGCAAAUUGCAGCAGGAUACUGUUACCUUCUUGCUCUGGCUUGUCAACCUAGUGGCAUGUCAGUAUACUCCGUUGGGUGUGGCUUAGGUGGGAAGCUUGGACAUGGUUCAAGAACUGAUGAGAAGUACCCCCGAUUGAUUGAACAGUUUCAGCUUUUGAACCUUCAGCCAAUGGUGGUUGCAGCUGGGGCUUGGCAUGCCGCUGUGGUAGGGCGGGAUGGACGGGUGUGCACGUGGGGUUGGGGGCGUUAUGGGUGCUUGGGUCAUGGGAAUGAAGAAUGUGAAUCAGUUCCUAAGGUCGUGGAAUCCUUGAGUAAUGUCAAAGCCGUUCAUGUCGCUACAGGGGAUUACACAACCUUUGUGGUGUCUGAUGACGGUGAUGUUUACUCCUUUGGCUGUGGAGAAUCUGCCAGUCUCGGACAUAGUAAUGGUGCUGAUGGACAGGGAAACAGGCAUGCAAAUGUAUUAAGUCCAGAGCUGGUAACAUCAUUGAAGCAAGUUAAUGAGCGUGUGGUACAGAUCAGCCUCACCAAUUCUAUAUACUGGAAUGCCCAUACUUUUGCCCUUACUGAAUCAGGGAAACUUUAUGCAUUUGGUGCUGGAGACAAAGGGCAGCUGGGCAUAGAGCUUGUUGCCAACCAGAGUGAAAGGGGAAACCCGGAACGGGUUGAUAUUGAUCUCAGCUAGGAUCAUUAGUAGCUUUACCUGCCCACUGCUUGCACCAUGCUUAUCUUCUAAUUUAUCAUUAGCAUGCAUUGCAUUUGGUGUUUAGAUUUCCUUGUUUAUUUUGUAAAUAGAAACAAAGAAGAAAAAAAAUUGUGAAUGCUCAAGCUAGGUAACAAACCACAGGCCUAAGCAGAUGCUACAUGGUUGUUUAUAUCUGAAAACUUGGCUUUCUCUUAGGCUUCAAGUAGUUGAUAGUUGAUACAUUUGUCAAAGUUGAUUUAUAACAUGUUCUAUCUUUUAAUUGAUUUCAUAA